AUGGCUUUCAAGAUCACCCGAAUCCAACGCCUGAGCGCGGUUAUACUCAUUUCUAUGUCAUUCUUUAUCGCGGAAAUAGCAGUUGGCUUCUACACGGGCUCGCUGGCCCUUAUGGCUGAUGCAUUUCAUUAUUUGAGUGAUAUUUUUGGCUUUGUUAUUGCUCUCAUUGCUGCUAUCGUCUCAGAGAAAGCUACAGCACCUCCUUCUUUAACAUUUGGCUGGCAACGAGCGCAAUUACUAGGUGCUUUCUUCAACGGCGUUUUACUGCUUGGUCUGGGAAUCAGCAUUUUCCUGCAGUCUAUCGAGCGGUUUAUCAGUUUGGAGCGAGUUGAUGAUCCAAAACUGGUUGUGAUUAUUGGCUGUGUAGGAUUCGGCCUCAACUUGAUUAGUUUAACUUUCUUGCACGGGCAUGAAUUUGACGAAGGCUUCACAGAACAUGACCACGACCGCGACCAUGGAGGUGACGAACAUGAUCAUGGACACACCCACGUGCAAGAUCAUGGUCAUGAUCAUCAUGAACAUGAACAUGAGCGUGGGGAUCAUGACAGUGAUGGUCACAAUGAUCACAAUGACUCUCAAGUGGCCCGAGAGCACGCUGCCCUUAUCAACGAGAAGCACAUCACCCACAAACACCACAUGAAUGCCGCAUCCUGGAAGCCACGAAAGAACUUUGAUCUUGCUCUUAUGGGUGUCUUUAUUCAUAUCAUGGGCGACUGUGCCAACAACGUCGGUGUAAUCAUUUCAGGACUAGUCAUUUGGCUGGCCAACUAUAGUGGUCGGUAUUAUGCGGACCCUGCCGUCGGUAUGGCUAUCGCGAUCAUGAUCUUUGCCUCCUCUUUGCCAUUAGUGAAACGGAGCGGGUUGAUUCUACUCCAAAGUGCCCCUCAAGGCGUCGAGCAUGACGAUGUCAAACAUGAUCUAGAGCAGAUCCCUGGAAUUGCCGCUGUCCAUGAACUUCACAUAUGGCGCCUGAACCAGAAGAAGUCUCUCGCCUCCACACACCUUGUCCUCGAUGAGACCAGUGAUGAAACUGAUUUCAAUAAGCUGGCUAAGACGGUGAAUGAGUGUUUUCACGCUUAUGGUAUCCACUCGGUGACCCUUCAGCUAGAGACCAUUCCAGGCCGCAAGGGAAAUGAAGUGGUUGGGGUGGCGAAUCAUCGAGAUGGAAGGGUAAGCCUAGCGACAAAUUGCCAGCUAAUCUGUGGGAAACUUUGUGAGGAUCUAUCAUGCUGCCAAUGA